AUGGCAGAAAGUAUCCCUUUAGAAGAGUACUCGCGACAGUUAGAACAUGCUACGGCUAUAGUAAAUAGUAAAAUCAAGGGUACGCCCUCUCAAGAUUCGCGGGUGAUGAUUAUAUGUGGUUCGGGAUUAGGAGGUAUUGCUAGUACCUUGGAUGCCAAUACAAUAAUUGAAAUCCCAUAUUCGGAUAUACCUGGUUUUAAGAUAUCCACGGUUCAAGGACAUGCGGGGAAAUUGGUUUUUGGGUUAAUGGGCACGAAUAAGGUGCCAGUAAUGUGCAUGGUUGGACGUUUGCACUUUUACGAAGGAUACAGUUUCCAAGAAACCACAUUUCCUGUUAGAGUAGCUUGUAAAUUGGGUAUAUCCAUAGUCAUUGUGACCAAUGCCGCGGGUGGUAUAAAUCCAAGCUACAAUGCCGGUGAAUUGAUGUUGAUUGAAGAUCAUGUAAAUUUACCAGGAUUAGCAGGAUGGCAUCCUUUACGCGGUCCAAAUUUAGACAACUUUGGACCUCGUUUUUUACCACUCUCAGAUGCAUAUGACCACUCGUUGAGAAGUUUAUUUGUUGAAACUGCACAAAGAGAAUUGGGCUUGACUAGGAAAAUUAAUGAAGGCACUUAUUUUUUUGCCGCGGGGCCAACUUUUGAAAGUAGGGCAGAAGUUAGGGCUAUUAGAGCAUUGGGGGGUGAUGCCGUUGGGAUGUCAACAGUUCCUGAAGUUAUUGUAGCUCGCCAUUGUGGGAUGAAGGUGCUUGCAUUAUCACUAAUUACAAAUGACGCAGUUGGAGAAAAACCUCCUAGUGCGUUUAGUAAAAAUCCAAAAGCUUUAGAGGAUGGAAUCGCCAGUCAUGCCGAAGUUUUAAAGACUGCAGAUGAGGCUUCCGAGGAUGUCAAGAAGAUUAUAGAGGCGGUUGUUAAUCAUUUAUAA